AUGAGUGAGAAUAACAAUGAACAAAUGGAUGUUGGAACCAAUGCAGCCAGCAAUAAUGAUAUAAAUAAUAGUGCUGAAACUGUAGCUAGUCCAAAAGCCGACACAAAUACAAAUGAAAAUACUACAUCAAAAUUAAAAUUAGCAAUAAAAACACCAAAAGAUAAAAAAGAUAUAUCUAUCGAUGAAUCUUCAACUGUUAGACAGUUAAAAGACAUUGUGGCUACUGAAUUUAAUACAUCACUUGAUCAAAUAUGUCUUAUCUAUUCGGGUAAAAUACUUAAAGAUGAUGAAGAUAUUAAAAAACAUGAUAUAAAAGAUGGUGUUACUAUUCAUUUGGUUAUUCGAGCACCAAAGCCAGAUACAACAGCAACAGCAAAUACAUCUGCAAGUGCAACUCCUAUAGCAUCUGCCACAGGUACACAACAAGCAUCUGCAAAUCAGGCAAAUCCAGCCCAAGCAAAUUUCGGUGGCUUUCCAUUUGGUCUUGGACAAACACCUGGUAUGGGAAAUUUAAAUCUUGCUAAUACAAAUUUUCAUGAUAUGCAACAACAACUUCAACAACAAAUAAUGAGUAAUCCAGCACAACUUCGUCAAUUAAUGGAAAGUCCUAUGGUACAAAGUAUAACAAGUAAUCCAGAUUUACUACGGUCAUUAUUGCUUAGCAAUCCACAAAUGCGUGAUUUAAUGGAGCGUAAUCCUGAAAUAUCACAUUUAUUAAAUAAUCCUGAUUUACUUCGGCAAACAAUGGAAUAUGCUCGUAAUCCGACAGCAUUACAAGAACUUAUGCGUAACCAUGAUCGAGCUUUAAGCAAUCUUGAAAGCAUUCCAGGUGGAUUUAAUGCUUUACAACGUAUUUAUCAUGAUGUACAAGAACCGAUGUAUUCAGCAGCACAAGAGCAAUUUGGCAAUAAUCCAUUUGCUCAAUUGUUAGCUGGAAAUGAAAAUGCAACUGCAUCACGUACAGAAAGUACUGAUCCACUACCAAAUCCAUGGGCACCUCGUGGUACUGGUCCAUCAGCAUCAGUUGCACCUAAUCGUCAACAAGAAUCAACCGGUGGAUCUAAUAAUCAACAACAAGAUCAACAACAACAGCAACAACAAACAGCAUCAGCUAUUCCAACUGGUGCUCCUGGUAGUUCACCCGGUUUAAUAUCUCCAAUGAUGCAAAAUUAUAUGUCUCAAUUAGUUCAAAAUCCUCGUUUACUUGAAAGUGUCCUUAAUGCACCAUAUAUGCAGCCUUUAAUGGAUUCUCUUGCUUCUAAUCCUGAUAUAUCAAGACAAAUGGUUGCUAAUAAUCCAAUGUUUGCUAAUAAUCCUGAUUUACGUGAACAAAUGAUGAAUGCCUUACCAGCUAUGAUGGAACAAAUGAGAAAUCCUGAAGUACAAUCAUUAAUGCAAAAUCGUGAAGCACUUGAAGCUAUUACACAAGUUCAAGAAGGACUUCAACGGUUACAUACAGCAGCACCUAAUCUUUUCCAAGCUGGUGGUUUACCUGCUGGUCUUCGGUUUGGUCCAACAGGUUUAGCUUCACCAGCAGCUCCUGGUGGUUCAACAAAUCCAGCUUCUACUCCAUCGACCUCUUCAACAACUGGCCAGGCACCAUCAUCAGCAACACGUCCUGGUACUGCACCAGGUGCAAAUGAUCCAAGUAAUUAUGCAGGUGUAUUUGCCCAAAUGUUAAACAUGAUGUCAAAUCAGAAUAUUAAUACACCACCAGAUCAACGUUAUGCUGUUCAACUAGAACAACUUGUUUCAAUGGGUUUUACUAAUCGUGAAGCAAAUUUACAAGCAUUGACGGCAACAAUGGGUGAUGUAAAUGCAGCAGUCGAGCGACUUCUUGGCCAAAUCUAA